AUGAGGUUUCCUCUGCACUUCGUGGCGGCAGUCUCAGCGGUUCUGGUGACCACUUGGAUGGCGCACAUGCGCAGCGGCUCGGAGGAAGAGGUGGAGGGCGUGAAGCUUUGGCACUAUGAAGGUGUUCCGAUUGAAGGCGGCGUGGGGCCGGAGAGUUUCGCCUUCGAUCCUCGUGGCGAAGGGCCUUACACGGGCGUUUCCGAUGGUCGAAUCAUCAAAUGGCAGCGCUCUGAGAAUCGUUGGCUCAACUUCUCCGUUACUUCUUUGCACAGUGCCGUAGAGUCGGUACCAACCACUAGUUUUGUGGAAGCAUUUGGUUUGGUUGGGAAUGCUGUUCUUUUACUACCUGUUCAAGAUACCACAAGUGAUGAUGGGAAGGUUGAUAAGGUUGUGUUUGGCAGAGAUGAAGCAUGUGGAGGAGCAUAUGAGGAGCAUCCGAAGAAAGAGCACUUGUGCGGGCGUCCACUUGGAUUGUGCUUUAGCAUGCUAUCCAAUGAACUUUACAUUGCAGAUGCUUACAAUGGCUUAGUUGCUGUUGGCCCCAAUGGUGGCACUCCCUCGAGACUCAUAUCAAUCCUAGAAGAAGAGGAAAAAGGUGAAGCCUUGUCAUUUACAAAUGGUUUGGAUGUUGAUCCACGAACUGGGGCAGUGUACUUUACCAGCAGCAGUUCUAAAUAUCAAAGGAGGAAUUACGUUUCUUUGAUCCUAAGCAGAGAUAAAUCUGGGAAACUAAUGAAGUAUGAGCCACAAAGUGAAAAAGUUAGCAUUCUUCUAAACAAUCUCUCAUUUGCAAAUGGUGUAGCAUUAAGCAAAGAUGGUGACUAUAUUCUAAUAAUAGAGACCACAACAUGUAGAGUACUAAGGUAUUGGCUAGAAACAUCAAAAGCUGGAACAUUGGAAGUGUUUGCUGUUCUACCAGGUUUCCCAGACAACAUUAAACGAAGUCCAAGAGGGGGAUUUUGGGUGGGAAUUAACUCAAGAAGAGAAAAAUUAAUCCAAUGGAUUCUAUCAUAUCCUUGGAUUGGACAAGUUUUGCUUAAACUUCCUUUGGACACUACAAAAGCUUUUUCAUAUUUGUCUAAGCUAAAAAGAAGUAGUGGAUUGGCAAUUAGGUUAAGUGAGUAUGGUGAGAUAUUAGAAGUUUUUGAAGACAAAAGUUGGAACAAAGGUGGGUCUAUUAGUGAAGUUGAGGAAAGAGAUGGAAUAUUAUGGGUGGGAUCCAUAGAUGCACCUUUUGUUCGUAAGUACACUAUUCACAAGUGA